CGCGCAAUCAUGUUCAAACAAGUCAUCAGUUAGCAAAAAUACUACACCUUCACUGUGACACGAGUUGAAAGGAUAAACACAGGCUCUUUGACCUAUUCUUGAAACCGAACACUGAGGACUAAAACAAAAACCGCUAAUUGCGAACAGUGAAGGCCAUCGCUGCUGCGUUAACGAAUGGGUCUUGUUUGCCACCUUUUUGUAGUAUCUUCUCUUAUAUUGCUCACCUCAGGAAAUGUAGGGAUGCUUGGGGCACCCAGGAUACUGCAGCUCAACAACGCGACUUUAGAAAAAUUCGGUCAUGAGUUGGCCAAGGUAGCCCAUAAAUUUAACUCUGAGUAUGGCAACAGCAGUCUUCAUGUCAUAACUAAGUUGGUAAAUGUGACCUCACAGGUCGUUCAGGGGAUUUUUUAUACACUUUUCGUUAAGUUUUCCCCUACAUCGUGCACAACGGCCAAUAACAUUCAUGUUUUGGAUACUUCUUUUCCUAGCCGGGAUUCUUGUGACUUAACUGAUGGAGAGAGUAAGAUUUGCAAAGUAACUCUAUGGGAUAGACCGUGGCUUCAAUCUGAUUUCUCUAAAAUAAUUAGAAUAGUUAGAUGUUCCAACGAUACAAGUUGAUCUGAUCUCGUAUUAGGUUGUACCAGUAUUUCAUGCAACAGCGAGUAUCUACAAUUUAAUUUUUUGCUUAUUCGUAUACCGCAAAGCUUACUUCAUUCUCCACUCGUAUAUUUGAUUAGAUUUGAUUUUAACGGAAGCAACCUAACUUCAUACUCUUCACUUCUGGUGAAUCAUCAUCGAGCGUAAUAGUCGCAUGUGAUUUUGUUUGUAUUAGUAUAUUCUAGUCUCGUAAAUAUGAUCUCAAUAAGGCUUAUAUUUUGCCGGUAGUUUACUUCUAACUUCGUAUUUGGGGGCUACAGAUAAACAAUCCAUAUCUAUAACAUUUGAAAACUAUACUUUUAUCAAUUUAUUUAAGCUACUCUUAUAAAUUAUUCAUACAUAGAAUUUCAUUUAAAUUUCGGUAUUAUAAUUGUUGUACUUGUUUUAAACCAUGAAAACGUCUUUUACUAUUAAAUGAUAAACCGAAAACUAGAUUUUGCUGUGCUUCAUUUGUAUUCGGUUAAUAAAGGCUUUUUCAUAUUCAAAUGUUAUAAUUUGAUUUUAAUAUUGUCUAUCUUAUUAGUUUGGCAUGUAAUCAGAGCUCAUCUCAUUUUCAACAAAAAUAAUAAGUGUGAAAAAUAUACCUCAUAAUCUUAAACGAUAUGUAUAUUUACUAAACCUACUUUUUAAUUCAGCCUUAAGUUCAAAACUUAUAUAACUUUUGGUUCUUUUGAUUUUCCUGAUGUUUUGUGCAAGUUAUAUAAAUGAGAUAAGAAAUGACUCAUCCUGUAGUAUACUGUGUCACUAUUAUUCUAUAUCUUUCGAUCACGCCUUACUCUUGUCUUUUAGAUUCAUUUCUACUGAAUAUUAUUUUCGAAAAUGUUAGCUUGUAAGGACCAGAUGAUUCGACUGUCGUUCGUGAUGUGAUCAUUUCAGCUUCAAACAAUCUGAAACCAAUUACAAUGUGAGUUCAACGACAGAAAGCCCAUAACUGAAGUUAUGAAUCUAGAUCUUUUGUGGCCCUGAAUAUGACUCCAAGUAGAUCGUAUUAAUGGUUGCUGAAAUAUACAUAUCGUCUACCCUCGUAUAAAAUUAUCGACCUAAUCCGCUUUAGCGUAUAACGGGAUUAAACAAAUCAAAUACGAGAAAAUGAAGUUUUGGACACAUAUAUUUUGUAUACUUACUGAUCUGGACACAUAAUGAGAGGGAUGAAGUGAAUAGAAAAGAGCAGAGCAAAAUGACGCGCGGUGGAGGCGUGUGAACCAACUCUAUUUAAUCAAGCGUCAAUUAAUAUUUAUAGCCAGGUAGAAAUAGAAUACAGACGUGAUGAAUAGGAUAAAAAGUGUAUACACACAUACGCUCAUACAAAAACAGUCAGGGUUGACAAGUAAAUAAUUACCAAAUUCAAAACGUGACUCAAGAAGAAUGGAUAAAUUGGCCUUUUCAGAAGCUAGUAUAAAGUAUAUGGGCUUAACAUAGUAACUGACGCUAUAGAUCAAACGAAUUAACUGGCUAGUGUGUAAUAUAUGCAAAGUUACCAUCUACCGUGACCUAUGAUGUUCAUUGAAGUAAAAUUACAUUUGAAAAAGGCAAAUACGACAGCGUAAAUACUUCGCAUUAUUCCUGGUCCUUAAGAAGUGAAGUUAGCAAUAAAAAAUCACAGACGAAAUGCUUAAAAACCGACCCUAGUAUUUUAAAUGUAUUAAUUCGCCAAAUUCUAUUAAGUUUCUCGUUACUUGUCAUUCACCUUUAACUUGUUACCUCUAUCCUACUGGACUUGUUUUGUGGUAAGCUAUGAUAGCUUGAAGGGAUAUGCUCCGGUUUUUGGUUUAUUUAUCAUAUGUUUUCACAUUUGGAAUGUUCUAUGCAAUUAUAUAAGAACAUAUUAAGGAUUUGGGAAAUCUAAGGGUUAGUUAAUUAAAGGUGUGUGUUCGUCUUUUUGGCUAAAAUUGAUGAGUUCUGUGGAAACUCAGUGAGAGUGAGAUUUAUGCCAAAUUUUAUUUCUUCGUAUUCGUAAUUCAUUAUUCUAAACAUAUUGACCUAGUUAUUACCUCCAUUAUUUAGAUUAUUUUGAUUCGGGGCCAUGUCUAGUGGACUGAAGUUUAAAUUACAUACUUGCACUUAGAAAGAGCUAUAUAGCUCAGGCGUCCUCAAGUAAGACAGAUAGUAAAGCGAAAUAUAAGCUCUUACGAAGUUUUCAUCAGUUAAUAUAUUCACCUGUCGCCAUAAGGUUGUUAUGAGGUUACGUUUUACCACUCAAAGUACUUAGUAUAAUUGGUUGAUAGUAGGCUGAAUUUGAGUACGGUCGGAACCGAACUGCCAGAAUUCUUUUUCCUUAUAAAUUUACCUUAUAGGUAUGAGAAGUUUGAAUUUCAACAGAUACAUUUUUUGGCUUUCCAGUAUCCAGAAUGGCCAAUAUCAAGGGUAGAAAUAAUAGGAAUUACCUUAUGAAAACUUGAUAGGGUUUUAGGGUCUUUGGAUCUGCAUAUUUAUUCCGUAGAAAC